AAUACAGGAAUGCAAAUGCUUGUAAAUAAGUUGAUUGCAUAUAUUAGGUCUGUUUUCUCUUUCAGGUUAAGUACGACAGUAAUAUAUAUAUAUAUAUAUAAUAGUUUAAAUUUACACCAUUUCUUACCAUUCCUAGAUCCGUUCAGCUGACUGUAGAAAAUGUCAAUUUCUUGUGUUUCAUGUUGACUAUAGUUUAAAUCAUCUUUCACAGAGCUGUGGCACAUAGACACCCCUUGAAAGCAAGUCUGUUCUUUAAUUUACAUUAAAAUGUGCAUACAGUAGAUUCAGUCAUUUACAUUGAGCAGUUCUCAGGCUUGUCUCAUUUAGCCUUUUAGAUAGCUCUGCCUGCAUGAGACAAUUUCAGUGAAGCUUCACCAAAACAAUAACCUGCUUUUCAACUCAGUUAACACGGCAUUAUCAGAUUAAAAACAUUUUGUGAUCUUCUCUGUUCAACACACGGAAGUAGCUGAAAGCUUUGCUGACAGAGAAAUGCUAGCCAGUUUUUCCUGACGUUUUCGGGUGUUGGAAAUGCUACAGAGUUUAAGCAGCGCUCUUCGAUGACUGCAUAAAGAAUUGUGUGUCAAAUUAAUGGAUUUUCAUCUAAAAAUCAUCAUUUUCUUCAUCUGCAUACCUUUGGUUCAUUCAGCGUCUCACACGCUCAUCACUACAUACACCGGAGUAAAUAGACAGACGGUUGCAGAAACUCCAGAGUUUUCUGCUGUAACUAUUCUGGAUGGACAGCAGAUUGAUUAUUAUGACAGUGAGAUAAAGAAACUGAUUCCAAAACGGGACUGGAUGAAGGAGUUUGCAUCUACAGACCAGUGGAAAGAAGACACUGAGAUUAGAAAAUCUGUGCAGCAGAUCUACAAAAACAAUAUUCAUGUACUAAUGCAACGAUUCAAUCAGUCGCAUGGUAUUCACACGUAUCAGAGGAUGUAUGGAUGUGAUUGGGAUGAUGAGACUGAAGUCUCACGUGGAUUUGAUCAGCACGGUUAUGAUGGAGAAGAUUUUAUCUCACUGGACCUGAAGGAGUUCAGAUACAUCUCACCUGUAGCACAGGGAAUAUCCACAGUGAUGAAGUGGAGCACUGACAGAGAACGAUUUGAAUUACUGAAACAAUACUAUGAACAAGAUUGCGUUUACUGGCUUAAAGAGUUCUUGAGUUCAAGCAAAGUGGAUUUAGAGAGAAGAGCUCCUGAAGUGUCUCUGUUACAUAAGGACCCCUUCUCUCCAGUAGUGUGUCAUGCCACAAGUUUCUACCCAUCAGCAGUGAAUAUCACCUGGUUAAGAAAUGGAGAAGAUCACGAUGAGGAUGUGGAGCUUGGAGAGUUACUACCAAAUGAAGAUGGGACCUUCCAGAAGACUGUUUCCCUCCGUGUUACUCCAGAUGAAUGGGAGAAGCACCAGUAUGUUUGUGAGAUGGAGCACGAGACAGGGACUAUACGGAGGAAUCUGACUGAGGACGAGAUCAAGAGUAACUACGGACCUACAAAAAAAUACUUCACAAUACUUGUUGGUUUGACAGACGUGUUCACUGUCAUCCUCGUAGUCCUCAUAGUCCUGGUUAUUGGUACUGCAUUGAUUGUUUGGAAAAUAAAACGGAGUGGGUUAAUAACAAUUUCAGACAGUAAUGAUAGUGAUGAGUCUUUAAAGGGUUUCCUCCAAUCAAGUCUCCCAGAUUUUGGUGAGGUUGUCAGUCUUCAGGAUGUGGAGAUCAGAUGAUUUCCAGCAUGCAUUUGUGACCAAAACAUGUUAAAUUAAUAAAAGAUACAUGAGUUUGGACGUCAUG